CCAAACAUCACUCUCCCAUUGAAACGUAGGAGCUACAUAAGAAAAGUCGCGUCGUGAUAUUUAUAAAUUUUCUUUCCUUAAAAUAGUUUAAAAUAACGUUGUAAAACUAGAUAAAAACGUUACCAUUGUGAGAACAAUGUAGAAAAGAAGGCAACAGUAGUGCGUUUGAUCGGAUUACGCAUAGGAAAAAGUGGAUUCAGAGCCAAUUAAACUGUGGCAUCACGGCAGACAUAUUUGAGAGUUUCUUUUUCAGCGUUGAUUCAACACUUCACACUAUCGUAGGAUUAUCACCGAAAAAAUAAAUAAACUAACGAUAAAUGUGGGAAAACAUGAAUAUGAGGCCGUUGAAAAGGCCACGGCUUGGUCCACCGGAUGUGUACCCGCAGGAGGCGAAGCAACGAGAAGAUGAGCUUACAUCAACCCAUGUGAAGCACGGCUUUGCCACCGAACACAAGCUGUCGGAGGAGUUUGGUACAGCGAGAAAUUGCAAUGUGACUGCCAGUAAAGUUGGGGCCUAUUUUAAUGCUAUACUGGCAAGGAAAGAGGAGCUUAUGACACUUCCGGAUUCCGGCAGGAAGAAGCAACAGAUCAAUCCGAAGGACAAUUUCUGGCCCGUUACGGCGAGGAAUAAAGCCACCUUGGAUACGUGGUUCAAGGAUCUAGCUGGAACUAAACCACUCAGCAGUUUGGCGAAGAAAGCACCAAGUUUCAACAAAAAGGAAGAGAUUUUUGCAAUGUUGUGUGAAAAUCAAGUUACAAUGCAGAGAGCAGCAUGGUUCAUCAAGCUCAGUUCCGCUUAUACGGUGGCUGUUUCGGAGGCAAAAAUUAAAAAGCGACAAAUGCCCGAUCCCGCCACGGAGUGGACUGGGACGUUGAUUAAAUUUAUGAAGGACUUGGUUCCAAAAUUGCACGAUCACUAUCAUCAAGGCCCCGUUCAGGAGAAACCACUCAAUAGUUCGAGUUCGACGGGACCGGCUGGGGCUAUGACGCCAAACUCCAGCCUAAAUACAAACUCGUCAACGAUACCACCCCCGUUGUCCAGCCCUGCCGGAAGUCUGCACAGUCCAGCUAGUGCGAGCUUGAGCGGAAGUGCGUCACAAAAUCAACCUCCGCCGUCACCCCAGGAGGAACAGAAGCUCGCCCAAAAGCAGUGGAGUUAUUGUACGCAACUGUGCAAAUACAUGUACGAGGAAGGGCUGCUGGAUAAAUCCGAAUUUCUCAACUGGGUGUUGGAUUUGCUCGAUAGGAUGAAGUCUUCACCGUCGUCUGACGAUGGAAUUCUCAAGAUUUAUCUGCCUUUGGCGAUGCAAUAUUUGCCUGAUUUUGUUCAAUCCGAGCGGUUCUGUCGUCGACUUGCGUAUGCAGUGUGUAAGAAACUUGCCCAUUUGAUCAACACCAUGGCCGAUAGUCAUAACUUGUGUUUGGCUGACACUGGGAUCAAGCCAAAACAGGAAACGUCUGAACAAAAAGACAAAUCUAGCAAAACCGCUAAAGAUUGCGACACCAAGUUGGAAAUUGCUCCCUUGCAAGUGAAUCCAUUUGAGACGAUUUUCUCGGAGUUUAUGAGUUGCUCGCACCAUCACGAUCUGUUCCUUCAGCUAUCGGCAAUCAUACAGGUCAUCACGCUGGAAUGCCCAACUGCUUUGGUGUGGUGUGGAGUUGGCGAAACUAGAUCAUCCUCGGUCCUGGCCGGAAGUCCGCUGGACCAUCUUCCGGUGGCUCCCUCUAGCUUACCGAUGCCAUCGAGGUGUGAAAAAUCCAACAAAGAAGUAAGAGAACGAUUACUACAGAGUGAGGAAAGCAUCAAGCUUCGCUCAAGACAUGCAGAAUCUCGUUGGUGCGUUGAUAAGUGGCAGACAGCCGCAGGAAACGCAAGCUUGAAAAUCCUAUCCGUGCUCGAUGCGUUGGAUGGCCACUGUUUCUUCCGUAUGGAUACGAACAACUCGUUGGACACUUUGUACCAGAAGAUAUUCCCUCCACUGCAGUUGCAAAAAGAAUCGCCGAAUAACAACGCUUCGGAAAGCAAAGAUGGUUCCAACAAGAUGCUAGAAUACGACGUUGAGCAAGACUCUUCCAUAGUGAAGAUUUUGUGUGAGUGGGCUGUUUCCUGGCAGCGAUGGGGUGAACAUCGAGCGAUGGCUGUUGCCUGGCUUCUGGAUAAGAGGCAAAGUGAAAUUUUUUCAACGUAUGAAAAUGAGAGUGGAAACAAUGCAAAUUCGUCUGACGAUAAGGACUCGGUCAUCUCGGGAGGAGGAACUGGCCUUCCGGUGUUCCAGAACAUUCUCAUGACGUUUCUCGAUAACGAUGCACCGAUUUCGGAGGAAAAUGGCACAAUCCAGAGCAAAAGCCAGUUUACCAAUUUGGUGCAUUUGUUCAGUGAAUUGAUAAGGCAUGAUGUGUUUUCUCACGAUGCAUACAUGUGCACCUUGAUAUCUAGGGGAGAUUUACUCACGGGAACCGGGAUGUCUUUGUCAGAUACGCAGCCGAGUUGCCAGACUGGCUUGGGCACGGGUCCCAUCUCGAACAAGCCUGCAUCUUCCUCACCGAACAUCAACCAAGGAAUUGAGGAGGAUGUGAUGCAGACUGAUUUCAAAGCAAAGUUAGAAGAUUUGGACGAUUCAAACGUGGACGAUGAUUUGGAUAAACUGCUGCAGCAUAUAAAGGAAGACCAGCAAAAUUCGAUGGACGCUCCGGAUAGUCCGAAGGAUCCGGAACACGCAACCGCACCAGUUACAAGUACCGUUUCCAACAAAACAGAAUCAUCGAGCAGACACUUUUUGUAUACGGAACAUUUUCCGUUGAGCCAGGACGACCCGAUUUCGCUGCAUGAUUGCAAUCAACGCUACAUUCUGCUGUACGGAGUUGGCAAGGAACGAGACGAGAAGAAACAUGCUGUCAAGAAAAUGUCCAAAGAGAUUUGCAAACUGUUCUCGAAGAAAUUUAGCAUCGAUGUCGCUGAAGGUGGCAAAGUGAAGAAGCACUCGCGGAAUGAGUUCAACUUUGAGGCAACCUCAAACAAAUGCCAGUCGAUGUCCUAUUUUGAUCAGCACGUGGUCACAUGGCAAUGUGCAGUGCAAGUUCAAGAAAUGUUGAAUAGUUUUUCGCUCGGAAACAGCAACUACCUUCCAGUUCAGGAGCACGUCGCCUUUCUGUUCGAUCUGAUGGAAUCGGCAUUUAACAUUUACGGUUUGAUAGAUACGUGCAUUCAGAUAUUGAAGGAACUCCCGGAGGUAGAGUUACAAUUGAUGAGCAAGAGCUCAGUUCUCGUCAAAAGCUACACAACUUCGCUCAGUUUGUACGUGGUUGGAGUUUUGCGGCGAUACCAUUGCUGUUUGCUACUGUCUCCAGAACAAACGAUCGCCAUUUUUGAGGGCCUCUGUCGUAUUGUCAAGCAUGUCAGUAACCCAAGUGACUGCAGCUCGGCCGAACGAUGCAUUUUGGCUUACUUGUACGAUCUGUACUCGAACUGUGCCUCGCUGAAGACUCGUCCCCAGCAGGAGCCAUUCCAUAAUGCAUACCCAAAAAUUAAACAAGCGCUGUAUACUCCUCUGCAACCAACUCCCUCUGCACAUUCGUACAAUGCACAGUUCAUGGCAGAUAUCAUAGCAUCUCCACGGCGAGGUGGUAGAAUUGAGCAAAUUUGGGCUCGUCAGCUGAACGAAUCAGCCUCGAAUCGUUACAGCUUUGUCUGUAAUGCUGUUAUAGCCGUUACACGUGACAUAGACAAUGAUACGCUGAAUGAUAUCGCGGUUAUGUGCUCUGAGCUAACAGCCUGUUGCAAUGCCUUGUCUACGGAGUGGCUUGGUGCUCUCAUAGCUCUGUGUGGUUCCAGCAAGGACGCCGGAUAUUAUGUGGAUUUAAUCACACAAGUAAACAUCCAAAAUUCCGCGAUACACAAUGCUUUGUCUGUGUUUACCAGCAUCCUGGUAGCGAGACACUGCUUUUCACUGGAAAAUUUCAUCGGAUACGUCGCAUUGCCAGCUUUGGUACAAGCUUGCAAGGGCCGCAGCGAAUCGACGCCUGAAAUUGAAGCCGGUGCCCGACUUUCAUGCCAUCUGCUACUGAGACUGUUCAAAACCGUCGAAUGUCCCCAGCCUGGACUGUACUCGGUGAGCACGUCCCCAAACCCAAUCACCACCGUUGGCCAAGCGCACAACAUCAAGCUGAGCUGCGAUCGACAUUUGCUAGCCGCUGCCCAUCAAAACAUUGGAGUUGCUCCGGUUCUUGCCGUACUCAAGGGUAUCCUCGUCGUCGGAGAUGCCACUGCACAAAAGACGCAAACUUCCAUUUUUUCCACUGGCAAACGGAGCGGAUUGAAUACGCCGGUGCAUCCCGGAAGCACUCCCAAACAUGCCGGCGAUUUGAGCCACAUUCUUGGCACGAGCGAUUUAUCCAUCCUUGGCAACACGGACGAAUCUAUGCUGGAUCUGACGCUAGUUGAGUUUAAUCAACUUUCACCAACCAUUUCCGCUAAGACGGCCGCAUGCAGACCAAGCAACGCGAACCAGGACAGCACGGCCAGCCUGUCCGAUUUUGCCCAGCACGUGCUGCGUCAAAUCUGUUCCCAGGAGUGGGUACUGGAGCGAUGUCUUCAAAAUGCGGAAGAGCUUUGCCAGCAAGGAAUGCUGAUCGAUAAUAUGCUGACGGCCAAGCAGGCUCAACGUCUGCUGCACAUGAUCUGCUACCCCGAGAACGAGUCAAAUUUGAUUGCUGAAAUGGAUCAGAAGGCAAUCAUAGUUCGAAUUUUGGAGAAUCUCGAGCAGUGGUCGCUGCGAAUUUCCUGGCUAGACCUACAGCUGAUGUUCAAGCAGACCAACUGUACCCCCGAGCUGUCCAACUGGCUGGACAUGGUGGCACGAGCUGCCAUAGAUGUGUUCCAAGUGCAAGAUUGUAACGUGAUGCGAUCUCUGCUCGAGGGCCCAGGAAAACAGGAAAAAGCUAAGUCAUCAAUGUGGUUGGUAGCACCGCUGGUAGCGCGAUUACCAAGUGCAGUGCAGGGACGCAUCUUGAAAGUUUCGGGACAGGUCCUUGAAAGCACAAACAUGUUUAGUAAAACAAAGGAAAACGCCGGAGGUAACAACAGCAGCAUUGGGAGCCAAGGUGGAAACAGCAACAGCUCAAUCAGCUCGAACGGAAGCGUAAUGGCUAGCAAGCAGAGCACCCACCUGAACCAUCAGCCCUUCCUGGGAUUGGUGCUGACCUGUUUGAAGGGCCAGGACGAGCAGCGGGAAGGUCUUCUGCAGAGUCUGUACGCCCAACUGUCGCAGUUUUUGCAAAACAGAGAUGUUGAAACUAUUGGUGGCAUUGAAGAUCCUUUGGGCUUUGAAAAGAUGCUGGAUGCUCUACAGUUGCGUUACUCACUUGUAGGAGGACUGUUCGAUGCGAUUCAGAAAAAUUCCACAUCUACCAGCGAUUGGUCGAUACUAUUCGCGCAGCUUAUCUCUCAGGGUGUGAUUGAUUUGAGCAACAAUUCCGAAUUAUUCACUACGACUUUGGAUAUGCUAGCAACUUUGAUUCACUCGACCUUGGUCUCAGACAGCAGCCAAUCGGAACGAGAUGAAACAAAGAAGCAGUACACCAAUUUGAUGAAGAAACUACGAAAAGAGCUGGGAGAUAAAAAUAAUCCGUCGAUUAAGUAUGUCCGCCAGUUGCUGCCGCUGGCCAAGCAGACCUGUGAGGUAAUUGCGUGUGAACCCGCCGGAAGCUCAACCGAUGCCAAGGGAAACAAAAUCAACAUCGAUAGCAUUGAGAAGAAGCAUGGUCUGCGAUUGGCUGACAAACAGCGAGUAAGCGUUUGGGAUUUGUUGGAAGGACAUAAAAAUCCUGCUCCGCUGUCGUGGGCAUGGUUUGGAGCGGUUAAAAUUGAACGCAAACCGUUGGCCUACGAAGAAACGCAUCGUUUGUUGAAAUAUCAUACGCACAGUUUGGUCAAACCAAGCAGUUACUAUUAUGAAGCCCUGUCGCUGCCUCCGGAAGAUCUGGAACCGCUGCCAGAUAAAUCGAAGGACGAUAUGAAGGCCGAUACCCCUACGUCGGACCAGUCUCCAGCUCCAGCCGGCAAGAAGGGCAAGUCGCAAGCAAGAAAACGUAAGCCUAAAGGUGGAUCCACACCGCAAACUUCGCAACAAGCUGGACAACUGCAAGGCAUGUCCGGUCAGCCGGGUGCUCCAGUUCAAGCGAAUCAGCAGCAACAACAGCAACAGCAGCAGCAACUUCAGCAGUCGCAACAACAACAGCAACAACAGCACCCAAUGACGAUGACGCCUCAGCAGACGAUGCAACAGUUACAGAACGCCAACCUUGGCCAAAUGCCGAUGGGAUCUCAUAUGGGCCAAAUGAACCCACAGACAAUGCAGCAGCAUUAUCCGCAACAAAACCCAAAUCAGAUGCUCUCGCAACAGAUGGCACAGCAGCAAAACAUGGGCCAAGGAAAUCAAGUCGGAGGAAUGGGUGGUAUGAUGGGUGGACCACAGCAACAUUCGAUGACCCACUCGAUGCCCAUGGGAGGUCAAGUUGGAGCUGGAGGGGGUGGCAAUCAGUGGGGUGGAUACAACACAAUGCAGCAACCCCAGCAAGCACAACAGCCAAUGUACUACAACCAGGGCAUGGGACAACCGGGAAUGAAUCGAUUCGACCGCCCUCAACUGAACACAAACCCAAAACAAGUGUUGUCCAACAUGUUGCGGGCACGUCUACCGACCAAUCCAGGAUUCCUACCUCAACAAGCACAGCGCAACCCUCAACAGCCGUUUAUGCGAGGUCCGUUGAGACCUUCCCUGCCCAAUCAGCUAGCCGGAACUGCAACUGGUGGUGCAAUGAUUGGCCACUCGGGAGGAAGCAUGAUUCAGACAAACCUGCUCAACCAACAAAACACGGGAAAUGGCAACUCAGGAGGAAUGGCCAAUCCUAACAUGAUGGGCAUGCAAAACAUGCAGCAAAAUAUGCCCAACAACCAAGGCAUUGGUAUGCAAAACAUGCAACAAGGAGGCAACAUUGGCAAUGCCGGAAUCGGCGGAAACAACAUGAUGGGAGGUCCAGGGAUGUUCCAGGGUCAAGGUGGUCCGUACCAAAAUACCAAUCAAAACUAUUCCAACUACGGCAAUCAAGGUAUAGUCCAGCAAGGUGGCCAAGGUAUGAUGGGAAACUUCAACCAGAUGGGACAACAGCAAAGAAACAGCCAAGCGGAAUACAUCGCUCAACAGCGGGCUUUGGCCGCCAGAAGUAACCAGUACGGACAACACGCCCCAAAUGUAACAAUGAACAAUAUCAUCAACCAAGGAGCAGUACCACCCUACCCAAGACAGGGCGGUAAACCAGCAUCGGCAGCAGUCGCUCAAAAUCAACAACAAUUCCAGCAACAAAGACUUCGACAACAAAUGCUCAUGCAGCAACAGCAGCAGCAACAACAGCAACAACAACAGCAAGGCAUGGGCCAGCAAGGCAACACACAAGGGAUGGUUCAGAACCAGGGGCAGGGCAUUAAUCCACAGCAAACGCCCAAUCUGGUUGCCCAACUGCAGCGGCAAAUUCCGAACCAAGCCAACAUGAUGAAUCAGCAGUAUUCACACCAGCCACCACCGUAUUAGAAGCGCGCUCUCCACAUAAUCCAACACGUCGGAUAUAUAUUAUUUUAAUCAAAUUACGUCAUUAUUUAAAAAUAAACAAACAAUAAAAAACAA